ACGACGCAUUUCCUUUGGGACCGCAUUUGAUGAAGCCAUAUUCUUCACGAGGCUUAACAAAUGAACAGAGAAUUGCAAACUAUAGGCUUAGCCGAGCUAGGAGAGUCGUGGAAAAUGGUUUUGGGUUAUUGUCCAAUAAAUUUAGAAUUUUGUUGACAAAAAUACAUUUAUCUCCCCCUAAAGUUGAAUUAAUAACAAGGACUUGCUGUGUAUUACACAAUUUCAUUAGAAAUAGAUCUCCUGUACUUGAAGUAAUGAAUAAUGAAGAAACACAAAACAUAUGUCAAAUGAAAUCCAUUAACUUCAAUCAAGGUGGCAAUAGAUCCACCAAUACAGCUUAUAACAUACGUGAUGAAUUUUUAAAAUAUUUCAAUGGUCCAGGAGAAGUACAAUGGCAGCAAAUUGCUGUGGAAAAAGGAAAUUUUUAA